UGGCUGGUUGACGCUCACCCCAAAAAACCUCUACACUUAUUGAUGUGUGUCAUGAAGGUAGUGUUUGUACCUACACGAAACAGUAUCAGUAUCCAUAUCAGUUAUUCCGUACCGGGUCCCCGUUGCAAAUUCGUACGCAAGCCAACAACGUUGGUUUUACAAAACUCAACCUAACUUACAUAGUUCGUAGAAUUUGGAACAAAAGCAAUUAUAUGUUAACAUAUUUUGCGUUUUAGCGUCGUCGUGCUAGUAGAUAUGUUCUUUUGGUGCUAUCGUCGUUUUCUGCCGUCACCGUUGUCGUCAGAGUUUAAACGCGUUUUUAUUGAAAUUGCCGUUGGCGUUGGUUUGCAAUAUUUUGCUUAAUUUUCCAUUUUUUGAUUUUUGUUUUUCUAAUCAAUUACCUACCUAUAAAUUAUUGACAACACGUCGUCGCCGUCGAGACAAAUUUCGAUGUUGAAGUAAGACAUUGUGCGUCUAAGAUUAUUGUGUCUGUGUUUUGUGUGUGAAAACAGCAUGAAAAAUUGCAAAUAUUUCUUAAAAAAUAAAAUAUGUAUUUAUAUGAAGUUAAAAAAUAGUUAAAAGAAGCUAACAAAAGGAAAACAAAAAAACAAACACCUGUAGGAGCUUAAUUCAUAAUUCAAACAACAACAACAACAGCAUCAACAACAACAACAAAUUAGGCACAUAUUUAAUAAUAAAUAAUGGCCAAAAAAACAAAACCACAAAAAAAGUGAAACCAAGUGAAUAAUGUUAAAUAGAAAUUCAGAAAACUAAAUAACAAAUAAGAAGAUAAUUAAUCGCAGUUAAACAAGUGUGCAAAUGUUUGCAUUGCAACCAACACCGGCUAUGGGAGCUGUGGUUGCUCCAUGGUCCGGUUCAAUGAUUGAUAGGAUACCAUCGUUGGAUGAAAUACCGCAUAAAGGUAAAGACAAUGUCAUUGCCAUGAGAAAUCUACAGUAUAUGGGUACAGGAAAAGUUGCUGCUGUGGAUACAACAACGGCCGAAUCAUCCUCUACUCCGACACACUCGUCAUCGUCAUCAUCAUCGUCGUCAUAUUUUGCAGCGACAACUUAUUACCAUUUAACUGAUGAUGAAUGUCAUAGUGGAGUAAAUCAAUUGGGUGGGGUAUUUGUUGGUGGUCGUCCGUUACCCGACUCAACACGACAAAAAAUUGUUGAAUUAGCACAUUCUGGUGCUCGUCCUUGUGAUAUAUCACGCAUCCUUCAAGUAUCGAAUGGAUGUGUUAGUAAAAUACUUGGAAGAUACUAUGAAACCGGUAGUAUUCGACCAAGAGCGAUAGGUGGCUCUAAGCCACGUGUAGCAACAGCCGAAGUGGUUAGUAAAAUUUCGCAGUACAAACGUGAAUGCCCAAGCAUAUUUGCAUGGGAGAUUCGUGAUAGAUUACUUCAAGAUGGAGUUUGUACAAAUGAUAAUAUACCUAGUGUUUCCUCAAUAAACCGUGUUUUAAGAAACUUGGCGGCCCAAAAAGAACAACAACAACAUCCUUCAAGUAAUCAAGGGAACGGUGGUGCUGGAGGAACAAAUGGAAGUACAUCAAGUAGUAAUGGCGGCCAACAACAGCAACAGUCUAUUGCAACACCAUUAAACUCAGCUGGAAGUGUUGGUAGUAGUAAUUGCAAUGGCGGUAGCGGUUCACUAGGCGCCACUGGUAACAGUGUCGGUGGCGGCGGCCUUAUUGAUGUGGGUAGUGAUUCGGUUUAUGAUAAAUUACGUUUACUAAAUGGUCAUUAUCAUCACCAUACGCAUGCGCACAAUCAGAGCGCUCAAGCGGCUGCAGCCGCUGCAGCAGCAGCUGGAUGUUGGCCGCGAGCACCACCGUCUUGGUAUUCGACACCGUUGAGUGGAAGUUCACCAUUUCCACCUUCAUUGCAGCCCCUAAGUCCCAGCGGUGGAUCAGUGGGAUCAGUGUUGGGUGUUGGCAGUUGUCCUAUCACUCCCGAAGAUAUUCAUUUGAAAAAAGAACUUGACGGUCAUCAUUCAGAUGAAACUGGUUCGGGCGAAGGUGAUAAUUCGAAUGCUGGUUCAAAUUUAGGUGCAAACGAUGACGACCAGGCACGACUUAUUUUAAAACGAAAACUGCAGCGAAAUCGUACAUCAUUUACUAAUGAUCAAAUUGACAGUUUAGAGAAAGAAUUCGAACGAACCCACUAUCCAGAUGUUUUUGCUCGCGAAAGGUUAGCGGCGAAAAUUGGGCUACCCGAAGCACGUAUCCAAGUUUGGUUCUCGAAUCGUCGUGCGAAAUGGCGACGAGAAGAGAAACUUCGCAACCAGCGUCGAACACCAAAUAAUAAUACUACAACAACAACUUCAUCAACUUCAUCAACUCCGGGAAAUACACUGGGCAGCAAUGGCGGUGAAAGUGGAAGCAAUGGUAGUAUUGGUGGCUUAGCCAUCAAUAAUAAUAGUUCAACAGUAAGCGGUGGCGGAGGUGGUAAGUUUACAACUAAUAGUAGUCAUCCAGCAUUCCAACUCUACUCACUUGGUCGUAAUCCAGCCAUCAAUUCAAUGACAGAUCUCAGUCCACCGUCAUCAUUAAACAACGGCGGUACACCAACAUCAUCUGAUCAUCAUCAUAUGCAUCAUCAUCAAUCCCAGAGUGGCAGAGGUUUGCUCAGUACGAGUCUAAGUUUGGGAAAUACUCAUCAUCUUGCGUCAUCAGCUGUGCCAUCACUGUCACCUCGAUUAAAUUUGAAUAGUGGUUUCAGCAGUACAAUGGGCGCCAUGUACUCGACGGUUCAUCAUCCUCCAAUGCCAAUGAGUGAUUCAUAUAGUCCAAUGACGUCCAUGUCCUCGUUCACGCAUCCAUCAAUCACAUCCAUGCCAUCAUCCCCAAAUAUUGGCAUCGUGCCAUCAGGAAUCUCAGCCACAUCAGCCACAAGUUGUUUGCAACAACAUCAGCGUGAUCUUACUCCACCAUCACUGUACCAGUGUCAUAUGUCACUUCGUGGACCUAUCCCACCACCAUUAGGCGGUCCAUAUUCGUCCCAAAACUCCACCGGUGGCAGCAGCAGCGGAGGUGGUGUACCAGGCAGUGUAAGCGGAGGUUCAUGUACCCCUAACUCUAGUAUACCGCUACCUGCACUUUCUCAUCCAUCCACACCGACGCAUCCACAUCAAGCGACUGCGGCAGCAGCAGUUGCAGCAGCAGCCUACGACUCACUUGGCCUCACUGGUUACGGUCCUCCACCACCUCCACCGCCGACUGCUUCCAGCGACGCUCGCCACUCUCCAUGCAGUCCACAUCAAAGCUACCAAAUGGCUGCAGCAGGCUCGGUUGUUCAAUCGAGUUCCUAUGCCAAUGGGGGUAACAAUAACAAUAGUUCAGGUAAACAGUUCUUUGCCUCUUGUUUUUAUUCUCCUUGGGUUUAAAACACCACACAAUAUCCGCAAAACAUUGUUACUAACAAGCACAGGCAUUCGCCCUUAUCUAUAUAUCAAAAAAUUAUUUUGACGAAAAUGGUUGUGCAGGUUUUUAUGCAAAACAAGGCACAAAUAAUAAUUAAAAAAUAACAAUAUCAACAAAUAAUUCAUUAUUUGUCGAUUAACAGAAAAGUUAAUUUAUAUUUCGGUGCUAACAGAAAAUUGCACAAAUUUUUUAUUUUUUUCAUUGUUAUCUUUUUCCGUUGUAUUUUUUUUAUUAAAUUUAAAAAUAUAUCGAAAAAGGGAUUUUUUUAUUUAUUUAUUUUUUCUUUGAAGAAAGAUGUACAUAUCGAACAGGUUUAGUUGAGCAUAAACAUACAUUAAAUGAUUAUUAAAAUACUAAGAUAUAUAAAAAGGUUACAUACUGAACCAUUUAUCUUUAUAAACACCAUUCAGAAUGUAAAAAUUUAAAACACUUUAA